GUUGGAAUUACCAGCACACAAUCACGACUCUUAAUUUGUGCCAUGGUGUGCACAUCAAUUGCAGCGUUUGACUUUGCACGCAAACUUUGUGACGAAUAUGAUCGAAGAAAACAGGAAGAAAAAGAGAUGAAUCUUCGAAAAGAGGAGAAGCAGACCAAGACUAACAACGCGGAAGGUGGUGUGAGUCGCAAAGUAACACAGAUUGACUAUGCCAAACAUGAAGAAACUGUGAAAGAGCUUGACCGACAAGAAAAAGAACAAGAGUUUGAGCGCAAAAAACGCGAGGCUUCGCAAUGGUGCACUUUAGACCACGAACAUGGUCCCAACUGCCGGCGUCCUCCAACCGGCUGCUCACAAGAUCACGCCAGAGAGUGGCAGAUUUACGAGCGAAGCACCGAAGAGAAAAUCGCUGCGGCCGAGCGCUUCCGACAGGAAGGCAAUGAGGCCUACCGUAAACGGAACUACGGCCUUGCUGCGGUGCACUACCGGAAGGCCCUGCUCCACUUUGACUACACUUUCGCAGAGACGGAGGAGUUGGAGCGACAGGUGGAGGCUUCGAAACUGCCCUGUUUGUUGAAUUUGGCGGCCUGCAAGUGCCAACAAGAAGAUUGGGAGGAGGUUCUCACACAAUGCCGACAAGCUCUUGAGAUCAAUCCUCGUGC